UAUGGCAAUGAAAACAUUGAUUCAUCGUCCGCCUCCUCUGGGUCCACCGGAGCAUCUACAGCAGGAGCCACUGUUGGUAAAACACUCGUCUCCGUCUUUGAGAGUCCAUACCAGACUCCACCCAUUAAGAAAUUGUGCAAGUACAACAUUGAACCAAAGAAAGGGACUUGUAUCCGGACAACUGGGGAGGAAUACUGCAACAGCCAGGGCCUGUGGGUCAAAAUCAAUAAGGAGCAGCUGGAGGAGCACCGUCUGGGCCAGGAGUUGGAGGAAGGCUGGAUCCUGGUGUGUAAACACACAGAGGGAGGCGACAGGCUGGUGCCGGUGGAAUCACCAGAGACCAUCAGCAGACAACAGCAGCUCUUCGGCUACGACCACAAGCCCUGCAACAGGUGGGAGCAGGUGGUGAGUGUGGAGAACGCGCUUUACGUCGGCUCCAAACCCAAAAUUGCUGAGUGUGAUGAUGCUGCCGUCCAGAAGCUAAGGUAUGUUCCCCCCACCUGGGUAUAUGAAUGUGACGAGGACUUGGUGCGCUACUUUCAUAACCACAUAGAGAAGGAGGACGAGAUCCUGGGGAGUUUUGAAGCAGUGCGUGACCAGCAUCGAUGAGUGCAAAUAAUAGGGGGGAAAGGGGGCAACUCUGCCUUGUACCCCGUUGUAAGGGAAAAUACACUGAUCUGAGGAAAUUGGUUUGGACCGACGCAAGUGGGGAGGAGUAUAAUAAUUUAGUCCA